AUGCCGUAUUUCUUGGUCCCCAUGGGAUCGGUUCAGGCAGAUGAAUUGCAACGCAUGGACGUCGCUUCUCGGGUUCAGUGGGAUCAAGUGCACCUGGCAGCGAAUGCAUGGGCAGUUCCGCUCAACUUGACCUCGGUAGAAGCUCUAGGACAUGAUGUGGAGGACGCCGUUGUUCAAGACAAGAGCGCAGAAUUUUGCAGACGUUAUGAAGUAGAACGCCUGCGGACCGAUAUGUCACCCCUGAGUUCACCCGGAGAUAGUAAGCGGGAAGCAGGUUUUGCGAGCUUCUUGGAAUACUGCAAGGUCCAGAGCACUCGGGCAGCGGAGUCCAUUACCGAUUACAACCAACCGCUCCUUCAAGUGACUCGGUUGGGUGGUAGUGUCAACUUCCUAAACCCUCUUCUCAGCGGCCCGGACGAAAGUCACAAAGCGGAUGCGAAAUAUCUCAUUCCACAGUUGUGCCCGAAAUUCAGCAUUCCAGCCAGUAUCUUCAAGACGGGUCUUUACCUUCCCUCCCUCGCGCGGAGGAUUGACGAGAUGCUGCUUGUAAAAGAACUCAACGCAGAAAUCCUGCAUGACCUCGUCGGCGAGCAACUGCUCCUCGAGGCGAUUACACCCCCAUCGGCGAGCGCCGAGUUUAAUUAUGAACGCCUGGAACUUCUUGGUGAUGCAUUCCUCAAGUAUCUGGCAUCUGUGUACGUUUAUGUGACUCGCCAAGGAGGCGAAGGUGCCCUUCACAAUGCUCGCCAGAAGCUCAUCGCCAAUGACUACCUCAUGGACUGCGCCGUUCGCGUGGGCUUGCCCCCGUACAUCCAGUCAGCCGCGUUCGCGUACAAAUACUGGGCACCGCACAACGUCCGCGUUCUUGCGCGUCCCACGGACGACAUGACGUGCGGUCCAUCGCAGGAUGCGAACGGGGAAAAGAGCAUCGAAGAGCCGAAGAAGGAAGACGCAGGUAUCCCGAGCAAGAGGAAGGCGAAAUUCGAUCCGAACACUUCACAAUGGCUUGGGCACAAGGCCAUCGCUGACGUAGUGGAGGCCAUUAUCGGCGCUGCCUACCUCAACGGGGGUUCUGAUAACGCCUUACAGACGGUCUUGGAUCUCGGUAUCGAUCUAUCUGGUAUUUCUUCCUGGACCGAUUUUAGACGUCUCUCCGCCAGCGACCCAGGCCACCCUCAGCUAGUCUUGCCCUCCCAGUCGGUCGUGGAACUGAGUCGGAUCCUAGGGCGUCCUGUGAAUGAUCGCCAGUUGCUGGCUCAUGCAUUGGCCUGCGGCGGACUGACGGGAGCUGUGCCUAUAUUGCGACAACGUUUGGAAUUCCUCGGUGAUGCCAUACUGGAGUACUUAUUGAUACGAUAUCUCUAUUCCAAGAACCAGAGUUCAUCUCCUGGCAUACUGUCCGCGGGCAUGGUGAGCAAUGACGCCCUCGCGGCGCUGUGCGUCACGUCCGGUAUCUACGAACAUCUGCUUGUCGACAGACGAUCAGAGCUGUACCGCACGACUCAAAACUAUCGGAAGCUUAUACUUCAGAGGCAACAGGCCGAGAAUGCGGCCGCUAGGGCCGAGCUACGAUCACCAGGUCAAUUCUGGCACGACGUCCCGGCGCCGAAGGUGCUGUCAGAUGCUAUGGAAGCCACUCUGGGCGCACUAUAUGUUUCUGACGGUUUCACGGCGGAUGGGACGCAAAUCGUAUUCGAACGUCUCUUCAAGCCGUUUUACGACCGUCAUGUCACGCUGCAGACGCUCUCUCACCAUCCGAACAAGAUCUUGGCGGAACUGCUGCAGAAACAAGGCUGCCAGGAUUUUGAGUUCCGUAAGGCGGACGAGCAUGAGGCCACUCUGUUGGCCCAUGGCCGGUCCGACAACGCGAUCGCGGUCUGCACAGUCAUCGUACACGGCGUCAUCUUGGCGGUCGGCGAAGGCGAAUCCAUCGCUGCGGCCACGAGGGCUGCGUCUCUGCAGGCGUUGGACGCAGUCGAGGGGGAUCCAGGCUUUAUCUUCCGUAAUUGCAGAUGCAAAGCACGCGGACAGGCGAAGCGCGGCCAGAGCAAGAAGACUAAGGAGAAACCUCUGGCUGACGUCGAGGGUUCGAGUGUACGCCCUUCUGACAGCUAA